UCGAUUAGCUCUAGACUAAUCGGUUGAAAUCCCGAUAACUCUAGAGAACUACGGCUAGUGUCGUCUGACAGGAGAAAAUGACAACAAAACGAUGGAGCAAUAGCUCUAUACAAAAUAUAGAUGAUGCGAUGGAUGCGUUAGUUGAAGACUAUUUUCACUACGACGAUUUAUCUAAUAGGGAGGCAGAGUACAUCAAGAGAAAUCUCGCGGAUGUCAAUGGGGAAGGAAAUUUGAUUCUGGAAGAAGUUGAUUCAGCGAAUUUCAACUUCCCAAAUGAAAUUCUGCAGGACAUUGAAAAUGCACAGAAUCAUGAGAUUGACGAAUCAGACAAAGAAAAUAGCUCGAGUAGCAAGAGGUUUCGCUCUGUCACUGAUGAAGACACUGACUCUUUUCUAGCUUUAAGUGUUAACAAGAACACAAAAACUAAAACAAAGAGUGACUUGAAAGUGAUGCUGGAUUUUUUCAUAUCUGUUGGAGAAAUGCGUGAUUCAGUGGAAAUACCUGCCAAAGACUUGGACAGUCUGUUAUCAAGAUUUUUUCUUGGAGUCCCGAAGAAAAAUGGUGACGAAUAUGAGCCUGACUCUUUAUCCUCUAUGUUCAACAGCUUGGAUAGACAUUUGAAGGACUCAAAAAGUAGUAUAAGUAUUAAAAAGGAUCCUGAGUUCAACCACACAAGACGGGUAUUAGAAGCGAAGCGAAAGGCAUUAAAGUCAUUGGGCAAGGGCAGUAAGCCAAACAGAGCUGAACCUUUGACGACUGAGGAAAUCCAAAUCUUGAGGGAGAAAGGCGUUAUUGGAACACAAAACCCUGAUGCAUUACUGAAUGCUGUGUUUUUAAAUAAUGCAACAUACUUUGGUCUACGAGGUCGACAAGACCAUGUUAACAUGACAUGGGGAGAUGUCAAGUUAAAAGCUACAUCUGAUGGAAAGGAGUAUUUGGAAUUUAAUGAAAGAAGCACCAAAACCCGUAGUGGAGCAAAAAGCAGGGAUUUCCGGGAUAUUACGCCAAAGAUUUUCGGGGAAGGAGGAAGUAAUUGCCCUAUUCAUGUUUACAAGGAAUACAAACGGCAUAGACCUCAAGACACAUUAACUGAUGAACAUAGAUUUUAUUUGAGGCCUUUAGAUAAUAAACAUGAGGAAAUAUGGUACACUCGCCAAACCAUAGGCAAAGAUAAAUUAGGUAAAAUGGUAAAAAAUAUGGCAGAAAAAGGAGAUCUUCAAGGAAGAAAGGUUAAUCAUUCGGGACGUAAAACUUUUGCUACCACACUACUUCAAAAUGGUAGACCUGCCAAUGAAGUUGCUCAAUUAGGAGGCUAG